AUGAUGUUUGGAAAAUACAACCCUGGCUGGUCGUGUCAAGGUGAUACAUGGUUCAACCUUACAGAGAACAAUCACCACACGAUACAACAAGAUGGAACCAACGUCAGUGAAUUUACAAGCCGACUUUGUAGCUGCGGCGAGAUGAAGACUUCUAGAAAUUGGACAUUUAAUAAUGCUGCCUCUACAAUAAUUACAGAAUGGAAUUUGAUCUGUGAUGAUUCGUGGAAGUCUUCGCUUAUCGUUUCAGUUCAGAUGACUGGGGUUCUGUUUGGGGCGUACGCUGGAGGGCAGAUUGGAGACACGUUUGGUCGGAAGUUUAGCAUCCACGGCAGCUGUGCUCUGAUGGUUAUUGCCAAUCUUGUGGCUAUAUUCUCUGUCUCUUGGCAGAUGUACGCAGCUAUAAUGUUUUUUAUUGGGCUGUUUGUUGGCUGUAUUUUACCCUCUUGUUAUGUUUACAAUUUCGAAUUUCUUCCUUCCUGGUGGAGAGGUUUUAUAACGCUUCCUAUAUGGAGUUUGUCGACUUGUUUAUUUGCUUUGUGUGUAAUGGCGCUUAAGAACUGGAGACAUCUUCAUGUUGCCAUCGCUUUUAUUGCGCUUUUAGCGUUUCUGCCAGUGUUUUGGCUUCCAGAGAGCAUGCGGUUUUUGGCAGUUCAUGGUCAUCUGAAAAAGGCAAACAAGGUAGUCAAGAGAAUCAGCAGAUUAAACAAGACGCCUUUGCCGGACACGUCCAUCAUGGAGACAAUUGCAAAAAUAGAGAGUCGCUCCCUGAAAGCUGGUGCUAGCUACACGUAUCUUCAUCUCUUCCACAUAAAUGUUAGAAAGUACACUUUAGUUCUAGGCUACAUCUGGUUCGUUCUAGCUUUAUCGCAGUACAUGAUUGGGUUUGGUCUGAGUGCCCUCUCCGGGGACUUCUUCGUGAACAUGCUCCUGUUUUUUGCUCUUCCAUUUCCUGUGAGACUUAUUGCUGCAUUCCUUGUGACCAAAUUUGGUAGGAAGCUUACUGCGUCCGUUUUGUUGCUUUUAUCAAGUAUAUUCUCGUUUGUUAUAGUAGUCAUUCAGUUGGUAGCGUUACAAGAAGGUAAAGGACUUCCCACAACUGUGCUGGCUAUAGGUAUAAACAUGCUCACAGAAGGAGCUUGGGGAACUACGGUGAUCUUCGGAAACGAGCUAUUCCCAACGGACAUCAGAACAUUGUCAUACGGUUUUUGCUCUUCCGCUGCAAGACUGGCCGCUAUUAUUGCUCCGCAUUUAAUCCCCAAGCACUCAUUACCCAUGUAUGCAGCUUUCAUCAUACAGGGACUUCUGCAACUAACUUCUUUUGCCGCUUAUCUGACACUGCCGGAAAGCAAGGGAAAGCCGCUCCAGGAAAACCUCAUCAGACAAGAUGUCACCACUGAGCAACAUAUGACCUCUACCAAUAUUUGA